AUGAGUGCCAGCUAUGAAUACUCAGGAUAUAAGCCUUCUUCUGGGCAGCAAAAUAGCAAUUCAAUAGGAAAUCCUGGUGAUUCAUCAGAACGUGAUCAAUUAAUGGAACAAUACGAAUUAAAAAUGGGCGAAUUAUUACGUUGUCAAAAAGAAAUAUGUGAUUUAAAGAACCAGUUAGUCACAGUAGUUCAGAAAUCAAAACAAAAUGAUGCAAAUUAUCAAUCUUUAAUACAUCAAUAUGAAAACCAAAUUACUGAAUUACAAGAAAAGUUUAACACUGUUCAAAGUUCAUUACAACAAUCAACAAUCCAAAACGAAACAGCAGAAGUUUCAAAAUGGAUGGAAAAAUGCCAUGAACUUGAACAAACACUGGCAGAAAAGGAGAAAAUCAUCAAAGGACAAGAAGCAGAGAUUAGUGAUUACAAUGAAAGCGCAUCAAGCAUGAAUAGCGAAAGAAUGGAGUAUUUAGAAAAAUUCGAAAAACAACAGAAAGAAAUCUCAGAACUUAAGGUUCAACUCAAAGAAAUACCAAAACUACACGAGAAUAUUGAAGAUCUCCAAAAUACAAAUAAAGAAUUAGCUCAAAAUAAUACAGAAUUACAAGAUCAAGUUUAUGAACUUCAAAAACAGAUUGAUACACAGAAUAAUGAGUCUAAUGAGAUCAAAGAAACAAUCGAGGAGCAAACAGAAAGAGUAAAAACUCUGAUGGAAAAAUUUAAUUCAGCAAAAACCGAAUUGAACGCAGCAUCAAAGAAAUUGAUCAUUCUUACAAAUGAAAAUACAGAUCUAAAGGCAAGAGAUACAAAACAAAAAGCUCAAAUUAAGACUCUCACGCAAGACAACAGAAAAUUAAGUGAAAUCGGAUCAAAACUCCAACAAAAAGUUGUAGAAUAUGAUGGAAUUGUAAAACAAAUAUUUGAGUCUUCUCCAAACAUGUCUUCUGUUAGUGAAUUAUGUGAAUUCCUAAAUGUAAUUCCAAAUCAACAAAAAGAAACACGCCGCCAGAUGAGAGAACUUCGACGUGCAAAUAGAAAACUUGCAGAACGUGCCGAAGUUGCAGACCAACUUGAAAAAGAAAACUAUUCUCAAAAAAUUAUGAUUGCAAAAUUAGAGAAAAUCAAAUUAAUAUCAAAUUCUUUUGCUCGCAUUAAUAGAACUAUCCUUGAUAAGCUUAAUUCCCUUGUUAACAAAGAGACUCCUUCACUACGAAACAUAAUUGUUGCAACAGUUAUGAUUAACAGAUGGAGGAAGUCAAAGGAUAGUCAUGAUUAUAGGUCUGAUAGUCUAAAUUGGUGGUGGAUCUCUUCAUGUGAAGAAAAUAACGCAAUUGAUUAUAUCUCAGAAAUUAUGAAUGAGAAAACAGCCACACAAGAAGAAAUUGAACAGUAUAGGAACCAAAUAUCCGAUCUCCAAAACCAAAUCCAAACUCUUCAAGUAGAUAAAAAUAAUAAUCUUGAAGGAAUUGAUUUGACUCAUAAAAUGCUUAUUAAACAAAUUGAUGAACUCAAUGAAGAGGUUUCUUCAAUGGUAUCUAAAGAAAAAUAUGAAGAAAAAGCCAAAAAGAACCGUGAAAACAAGAAAGAACUUAAAAGACUCACUCAAGCUCUCAGCGAGUUAAAGAAAGUUUCAUUUAACAAAGAAGAAGAAGUUGGAGAGCUUAAGAAUAUUGUAUUCAAGAAAGACAAAGAAAUAUACAAUCUUAGAGGAGAAUUAGAAGAUGCUAAACUUCGUGUUGAUGAAUUAGAAGAUCAAAUCAAACUUCUUUCUAAAUUCAACUCUGCCAAAAGAAAAGAGUUCUUGAGUUUGGAAAGAAAUGCAAUAAAGAAUGAAGAAGAGAAUUUGAAGAAGAACAUUGAGUUCAGAGCACUUGUUGCUGAGAAUAGCAUCUUGCUACGAAACAAGAGAAGCAACAAACCAGACAAAGAUAACUCUGUUGUUAUUAGAACUCUUUUAUAA